AAUGAGGAAGAGAAGCACUCAACAGGAAGACCGUCCUGACUUUAAAAGCAGGAAAUUGUCUCCUGAUGCAAAGAUCACUGAGGCACCAGAUGCCCCUGAACCUGAACCUGGACCCAGCUGUGUGUCUUUGAAGAGUGAUCAGUCAAAGGGUUUCAUCUUCCACUUUAAAGGAACAAAACCGGCUGCUGCUGAGGAAGCUGAUCAGGAGAGUCUUCAUCAUGCCCAGCAGCAUCAAACCAAUCUGGACUCGGUGUUUAAGAUGCUAGAGGACAGCAUUAUCAUGUUUGUGAAGAACGAGCUAAAGAAGAUGCAGAAUGAUCUGAAUCCAGAUUAUUCAGAGUGGCAGAGGGAUGAAGAGGAGGUGUUGGACAGUGAGGAAGAGAAGCAGAGAAGGAGCAGCAGAGAGGCAUUUCUGAAACUUGCAGUUAACUUCCUGAGAAUAAUGAAACAGGAGGAGCUGGCUGACUGUCUGCAGAGCAGUGAGAGGAUUUCUCUUCAUAAAUUCAGUCUUUACAGGAAUGAAAUUGUCACAUUUUCUAUAAUCAUAACACUCGUGUUUCUGAAUAAUUUUAAAUGUAACCUAAAGAAGAAGUUUCAGUGUGUCUUUGAGGGGAUUGCUAAACCAGGAACCCAAACCACUCUAAAUGAGAUCUACACAGAGCUCUGCAUCACAGAGGGAGGGACCGGAGAGGUCAACACUGAACAUGAGGUCAGACAGAUUGAAAUGUUUUCCUGGAAACCAAACAGACCAGAAACAACAAUCAGGUGUGAAGACAUCUUUAAAGCUUUGACUGAAAGAGACAAACCAAUCAGAACAGUUCUGACCAAAGGAGUGGCUGGCAUCGGGAAAACAUUCCUGACACAAAAGUUCACUUUGGACUGGACUGAAGACAAAACCAACCAGGACAUCCAGUUCAUGUUUCCAUUCCCAUUCAGAGAGCUGAAUUUAGUGAGGGAUAAAAAGUUCAGCUUAGUGGGACUUAUUCAUCACUUCUUCACUGAAAUCAAAGAAGCAGGAAUCUGUAACUUUAAAAAGUUCAAAGUUGUCUUCAUCUUUGAUAGUCUGGAUGAAUGUCGACUUCCUCUGAACUUCCACAUCACUGAGAUCCUCACUGAUGUUACAGAGUCCACAUCAGUGGAUGUGCUGCUGACAAACCUCAUCAGGGGAAAGUUGCUUCCUUCUGCUCACAUCUGGAUAACCACACGACCUGCAGCAGCCAAUCAGAUCCCUGCUGACUAUAUAGAUGUGGUUACAGAGAUCAGAGGGUUCACUGACCCAAAGAAGGAAGAGUACUUCAGGAAGAGACUCAGAGACAAGGAAGAGGCCAACACCAUAAUCUCUCACAUCAAGACAUCACGAAGCCUCCACAUCAUGUGUCACAUCCCAAUCUUCUGCUGGAUCACUGCUACAGUUCUAGAGAGCGUGGUAAAAACCAAACAGGCUGGAGGAAAGCUGCCCAAGACACUGACUGAGAUGUGCAUUCACUUCCUGGUGGUUCAGACCAAAGUGAAGAACAUCAAGUAUGAUGGAGGAGCUGAGACAGAUCCUCUCUGGAGUCCAGAGAGCAGGAAGAUGGUUGAAGCACUGGGGAAACUGGCGUUUCAGCAGCUGCAGAAAGGAAACCUGAUCUUAUAUGAAUCAGACCUGACAGAGUGUGACAUUAAUGUCAGAGAAGCCUCAGUGUACUCAGGAGUGUUCACACAGAUCUUUAAAGAAGAGAGAGGGCUGUACCAAGAGAAGGUGUUCUGUUUCGUCCAUUUGAGCAUUCAGGAGUUUCUGGCAGCUCUUCAUGUCCAUCUGACAUUCACCAACUCUGGUAUCAACCUACUGAAAGAAGAAGAAACAGCCUCAGUGCAGACUGACAAAUCUUCAGAAAGAUAUUUCUACCAGAGUGCUGUGGACAAGGCCUUACGAAGUCCAAAUGGACAUCUGGACUUGUUUCUCCGGUUCCUCCUUGGUCUUUCACUGAAGACCAAUCAGAAUCUCUUACAAGGCCUGCACACACAAACAGGAAACAGCUCACAGAUAAAUCAGGAAACAGCUCAGUAUGUUAAAAAAAAGAUGAAUGACACUCUCUCUACAGAGAAAAGCAUCAAUCUGUUCCACUGUCUGAAUGAAUUGAAUGAUGACUCUGUAGUGAAGGAGGUCCAGCAUCAACUGAGUUUAGGACAACUGUCUAAAGUUAAUCUCUCUCCUGCUCAGUGGUCAGCUCUGGUCAUUAUCUCACUGUCAUCAGAAACAGGUGUGGAUGAGUUUGACUUGAGGAAAUAUUCAGCUUCAGAAGAGGCUCUUCUGCAGCUGCUGCCAGUGGUCAAAGCCUGUAAGAAAGCCCAGUUGAGCGGCUGUAACCUCACAGAGAGAAGCUGUGAAGCUCUUUCCUCAAUUUUAAGUUCUCAGUCCUCCAGCCUGAGAGAGCUGGACAUGAGUAACAACAACCUACAGGAUUCAGGAGUGAAGCUGCUUUGUGUUGGACUUGGGAGUCCACACUGUAUGCUGGAAACUCUCAGGUUGUCAGGCUGUCAGAUCACAGGAACAGGCUUCACCGCUAUGGCCACAGCUCUGUGCUACAAUCCCUCCUAUUUGAAAGAGCUGGACUUGAGCUAUAAUCAUCCAGGAGACUCAGGAAUGAAGCUUUUGUCUGCCCAACAGGAGGAUCCACAUGUGAAACUGGAAAUACUCUGUGUGGAGCCUCAAGGAGUCCAGUGGAUGAGACCAGGUCUAAGAAAAUAUUUCUGUGACCUGACGCUGGAUCCAAACACAGCACACAGGAAGCUCAAACUGUCUGACAACAACAAGAAGGUGACACAGGUAAAAGAAGACCAGCUGUAUCCUGAUCAUGAUCAUAGGUUUGAUCACUGGCCUCAGCUGCUCUGUACCAACAGUCUGACUGGUCGCUGUUACUGGGAGGUCGAGUGGAGAGGAGAAGUUCAUAUCAGUGUCGCUUGUGUAGGAAUUGGACGGAAAGGAGACGGCGAUGACAGCAGGUUCAGAAGGACUGAUCAGUCCUGCAGUCUCUACUGCAGUAAUGAUGAUGGUUACUUUGGAAAUUACAAUUACACAUCAAUAGUGAUCGCUGUCCCAUCCUCGAUUGUCUCUAACAAAUUAGCAGUGUAUGUGGACUACCCUGCAGGCACUGUGUCCUUUUACAGUGUCCUCCCUGACAGACUGAUCCACCUGCACACUUUCAACACCAAAUUCACUGAAGCACUAUAUGCUGGGUUUCAACUAAAGUCACCUGGUUCCACUGUCUCUCUCUGUGACGGCUCAGAGUGAACUUACUGCGACAAGACACAUUCUCACAUUAGUGUGGAGCACCCCAAUUUAGUAAUACAUGUACAAUGACAAUUGUAACGGUCUUUUGCAUUUGAUGUUUGUUGCAUUUGAUGUUUGUUGCAUUUGAUAUUUGUUAAGCUGUAUGUCUGGAUUUUGUUACUUUGCGCCCUCUGGUGGUGAACUGUGUAGGGUACAGCUUUGCUGUUUGGGUCUCCACCCAGCCACUUUUUUG